AUGGCUAUGCUCCUGCAGAUGACCACCUUUCUCCAGCAAUACCUCUAUGAGAAGGGUCAUGAGCGACCCAAAGCCCCCAGUGCCUUGCGCAUCGGCGUUCUCUCAACAGCCAUGAUCAAUGCCGCUGCCAUUCUCAGGCCCGCGCUCAGCCACGGCGACGUCCUGAUAUCUGCGAUUGCGUCACGCAACUUGAAGCAAGCGCAGGAUGACGCGGCGAAGUACGGCAUUCCCAAAGCUUACGGCUCCUAUGACGAGCUUCUCAACGAACCUGGCAUCGAUGCGGUCUACAUCUCGCUCCCAAACGGCCUGCAUGGCAAAUGGGCUAAGAAGGCUCUACAUGCGGGAAAGCACGUCCUACUCGAGAAACCGUUUACCGCCAACGCCGAUGAGGCACGUGAAAUCACGAAGCUCGCACAAGAGAAGAACCUCGUCCUCCUCGAGGCCUUCCACUGGCAGUUCCAUCCUGCCGCGCAUGCCGUGAAAGCCCUCCUCGACAGCGGCGAAUACGGCUCCAUCCUGCACACACGCGCGCGCAUGACCUCCCCAAAAGGCUCGAUCCCGCGCUCCGACAUCCGCUGGUCGUACCCGCUCGCAGGCGGCUCCCUCAUGGACAUGACCUACGUCGUCUCCGCCACGCGCUACUUCCUCGGGACGGGCGCCCCGCGCGAGGUCGUCGCCGCGCCGGCGCGCCCCGCGCGUGAGGACCCGCGCGUCGACGAGGCGAUGCACGCGACGCUGCGGUACGACGUUGGGGGGCGCAUGGUCGAGGGCGGGAUCUACAGCGACAUGGACCGCGCGAAUCUGUUUGGCAUCGUACCCCGCGCGUGGGAGAUGCCGAGCAUCGAGAUCGAGACUGAGCACGCUACGAUCUACUUCUACAACUUCAUGAUGCCGCACCUGUACCACUACAUCCAGAUCUACGACAAAGGCACGGGCGCGACGCACACGGAGAAGCACUACUCUGGGGGCCCGCUCUGGGGCGCGCGCGGCGAGGCGUGGUGGAGCACGUACCGGUACCAGCUCGAGGCGUUCGUGGACAAGGUGCGCGGGCGCGAGCCGGUGCACUGGGUCACGCUCGAGAGCAGCGUCGCGCAGAUGGAGACGAUCGACGCGAUUUAUGAGAAGGCGGGGUUGGGGAAGAGGCAGCCGACGCCUGAGUGA